UUUUCUGGGAGGGAAAGUAGAGAAGGUGAUUAAUUGGGCAAGAAAUGUAGCUGGGAACCGUCCAUUGGACAGAAGAGGCAUCUGUCUCAGAGUCCGGAAGUCGCGAGAACCGUGGUCGAGACCAUUGAGAGAGCAACACGAGGGGUGAAAAUUGAAUCGAGGUUGACGGCUGAACCAGGCCGGGCCGCUGGUCGGCUGAGGCAAUGGACGAGUUGGAUGCUGUGAUACCUUCCCUGGAGCCCUUCAGGGUGGAGCAGGUUCCACCCAUCAUAUACUAUGUCCCAGAUUUCAUCUCUGAGCAAGAAGAGACGCAGCUGCUCCGACAGGUGUAUGAGGCUCCAAAGCCCAAAUGGACACAGCUUUCUGGGCGGAAAUUACAGAACUGGGGUGGGCUCCCCCACCCAAAGGGGAUGGUACCUGAGCAGCUGCCUCGGUGGCUCCAGCAGUGGGUGGACACUGUCUCUAGUCUCGGCCUGUUCGGGGGCGCCCCAGCUAAUCACGUGUUGGUAAAUGAAUAUCGGCCAGGAGAGGGCAUCAUGACACUGUCCUGGCCAGGUCAGAUGGUGGCUGCACACAUCGAGCUCGUCUCCAUGGAGAUGCUGGUAGCAGUGGAGAAAGGCACUCACGUGGAGGCUGUGGGAGGAGAGCCCCAUGAGGAUGGCCCCCUGUACUACCCGACAGUCAGCACUAUCAGCCUUGGCUCCCACACUGUCCUGGAUCUAUACCCACCCCGAGGACCUGACCUGGACAAGGAACCACAAGAGGAGCAGCCCCAGAUCCGCCCCAAGUUCUCCCUGUUGCUGGAGCCACGGAGCCUCCUGGUCCUGCGAGGGGAAGCUUACACCCACCUCCUCCACGGCAUCCGCCCAACAGCCUCGGAUUCACUGACUGAGACCCCGGUGGCCAAUGCCUCUGCCUGCCCCUCGGCCCAGCCUGGGGCCCUGCUCCCCCGGGGCACACGAGUCUCCCUGACUAUCCGGAGGGUCCCCCGAGUGCUCCGGACCAGCCUCUUUCUGAGCAAGCGGUCUCCAAGCACCAAUUAAACCCAGGGAUCUCCAAGCACUAAGAAGCCAAUUAAUCCUACAACUUUGCCUGCCUGUCUCAAGACUCCCUGGUCUGAGACAGCAAAAAGAAUUUAGGGAGAAAGCAGCCCCAGCCCAGACACUGGGGAGGUUAUUCUACCAGCCAAGGGCCCAUCCUGGUUCAGGAAUAAACGACAAUUACCUCGGA